UAUGUCGCUACGCUGUAUACGUAGCCAGGCUAGAGCACCGGGAGGACUAAAACGAAGUCUGCUUGUUUCGCUGCUUUAACCAGAUAUUGUAAUGUGUAUAUAAUGUAACAGGAUGGAGCUAAGACAAGGAAAAAUCCAAGGAAAAGAAAGUAACUCCCUGAUGGAAACACCAUGUCAGUCCCUGGAUCCCGACUGUCAGGGCUGGGUCAGAUAACCGACUACCUCUACAUAGGCAAUGCCAAAGCAGCCAAAGACAGCUCAGUUAUAACUCGCCUCAACAUUAACUGCAUUAUAAAUGCCACGCUGGACGACAGCAAACCUUGCCUCCCUUCUGUUGAUUAUGUCUGGGUGCCCGUCGCCGACUCCCCUGAAACCCAGCUCGAAGAACACUUUGACACAGUGGCGGACAAAAUUGAUAAAGUGAGGAUGCAGCAUGGUAGGGUUGUGGUGCACUGCUGUGCCGGUGUGAGUCGCUCAGCCACUUUGUGCCUGGCCUUCCUUAUGAAACACUGCAGCAUGUCUCUGGUGGAGGCACAUGGACUCGUGAAGUCAAGAAGACCGAUUAUCAGGCCCAACGCUGGUUUCUGGAAACAGUUAAUUGAAUAUGAGGUGAAGUUGCGAGGAACACGCUCUGUGAUGAUGGUAUCUUCGCCCGUAGGGCUGAUUCCAGACUUGUAUGAGAAGGAAACUAGAGGUUUGAUACCCUUUUGACACACGUUCUGUGGUCACAACCACUGAACCAGUUCUGUGUAACUCAUUCCCAGAAUGUACACAUUUUUGCUCUAUUCCAGUUCCCAAAACACCUGAAUCGAGCCAUUUAAGGGACAUUCUGGCUUAAGUGAAAAAUUAGUCAUUGUUUGCUCACAUCCUAAAGCAGUGCCACAGUAGUCUUUAGAGGGAAAGUUUCCAGAUUUAAUAACUAGGAAAAACCCUUUUGAUGAUGUUUUUGAAGGUGGGAGGACCUUUUGAAAAACUGCAGCUGCUUUGAGAGGCAGGCUGAAAGGCAGAUAGCUAACAUUACUUGCAGAGAGCCAAAAGAUCAGGGAUGAACACUAAUGCAGAAGGUUUAAAAAACAUAGAUCUAACAUGGAAUACAUGCAAAUAAUAAAGCAUAAACAUAAAUAAAAACAUGAAAAAGAAGUCCAGCAAGCAAACAUAAGCUAGGCUAGGCUAUGCUGUGCUAACUUAAUUGCAUUUUGCAAAUACAUCUUACAUAUUGGAUAUUGUAGUGGGAGAUCACUGAUGAACGAAAACACCAAAACGGAAAAAUCAUGUAACUAUGUAAAUUGUGUAAAACCAAUAAAAGAACAGGGAAACAAUGCUGUGCUGCAAAAUGCUGCCUAACACAUUAAAUAAAAUAUAAUAUAAUGCUCCUCUAAGAAAUCUGAAUAACUAGUCUUAAUGUGGGCUGUAUGGAGGGCCCGGAGACUAAACUGACAAUAACUGCAGCAUGGCAUGAAUUAGCUCUAAAUGCUAACUGCGCAAUAUGUACAAAAUGGCCUGUUGCAAUUAUAUUAUAAAAAUAUUAUGAAAACCACAUCAGCGAAGCCUUAAUGUUACGUGGUUAAAGAUUAGCCUGCAUUAUUUUUGAAAAUUAAGACUUUAUUUAUUCAUAGAAGCCUUUGUGAUUGGUUACAGUGCACAGGGAACACGUUAAUUUGCAUAUAUUAGUGUUUUGAAGGCCAGUAUCAUGAUAAUAAUUUCCAAACGUGCAGUUCUAAUGCUAACUGUUCACUUUGAAGCUAGAGAAUACAAUUAACAACAUUCCUAAAUGGGUUUAUACAUUUUUGACUAUUGUUGCCUCAAAUGACCAAGCUUUUUAAGAUGGUUCAAUAUGAUUUUAUAAAGUUGAAGUUUAUUAAUUGAUGUGAAAGUGUAAAUAAAAAGCUAUUUAUACUUGUUCUAUCUUUACUUGCUUAGCUGUUGUAAAAUAGUUGCAGUGAUAAUUUUCUUAAACCUGUCUUUGGGUUUUUGUAGUUCGGGCAUUUAUCAGAAGAUGGCAGUAGUGCUUUUAAGUCAAAAAAUUUUAUUCCCUUAUGUCAGUUUAAGCCCAAUGUUCUCUUACACCUCUUGAGUUUGGGUCAUUUUCACAACACUUCUGGGUCAAAUUGCCUGUUCCUCUUCAUGCACAAUCGAAUAUUGCCAAUAUGGUUUCUGCCAUAGUGUCCCUGUCCUUUGCAUUCAGUUAAUUGACUGUUAAUUGUUAUUGUUCCAAUAUUAUCUGAGGAUUAGUCAUUAUUGUUAUUAUCUCAGGUACACUGGCAGGGAAGAAUAAUUGCUCACAUGCCCAUGUCAUACAGUUUUAUGUGUUUGUACUGUCUGAUCACUUA